AUGACAGCCAUUAACGUGCAUAUCCUGGUCCGCGUGGGCGUGGGCGUAUUUCGAUGCCGGCGUGGGCGUCUCUGCGCCCUGAGCUCUCCUGUUCGCAUCACAGCCCCGCGCAGGCUGUUGGCGGAACGGGAGUUGUACGGACAAGCCUCUCCACUGGGAGCACGGGCUGGCGGCCUAGCCGUUCUUCCCUCAACAGCCUUGUUGCCUGUGACCUUUCGGUCGGGGCUGCUUUUCCCUCGCUCCCGGCCCAAGGAUGAAGGGCGACGGCCGUUUCCCGCCUGUGACCGGCUGCUCGGUGCCCUGCGGCGGAUCGGGGGCUGCAGUUUUGGGGGCGAUGCCUGCGCGCCCGCCAAGCGAGGGAACAGCGUGGUGUGGCUUUAUUGGGCAGCCUGGGACGCAGACCCAGCGCUCUGGGGUCUGGCGGCAUCUCCAUCGCCAGCCAAGCAGCGAGCAAAAAUGGAUGACAUUGUGGUGGUAGCCCCAGGAACGCAAUCCUCCCGGAAUGUCAGCAAUGACCCAGAUGUCAUAAAACUGCAGGAAAUUCCAACUUUCCAGCCCCUUUUGAAAGGACUCCUCAGCGGGCAGACCUCUCCAACCAACACCAAACUGGAAAAGUUGGACCCCCAGCAGGUGCUGCAGCUCUGUCUCCGGUACCAAGAUCAUCUUCAACAGUGUGCAGAAGCGGUUGCCUUUGAUCAGAAUGCACUGGUGAAGCGGAUCAAGGAGAUGGACCUCUCUGUGGAAACUCUUUAUAGCUUCAUGCAGGAGCGCCAGAAGAAGUAUGCCAAGUAUGCAGAGCAGAUCCAGAAGGUCAACGAGAUGUCUGCCAUCCUCCGCCGUAUACAGAUGGGCAUCGACCAGACGAUCCCGCUGAUGGAGCGGCUGAACAGCAUGCUGCCGGAGAGCGAGAGGCUGGAGCCCUUCAGCAUGAAACCUGACCGGGAGCUAAAGUCUUAG